AUGUCGUCUCGUACCUCGUCGCGUUCUUCACCCUCAAGAAUCAGAAAGAAACCCGCAGCUCUCCUACCUGCCCAAAUCCCUCUACCACCCUCGCCUCCCACCUCAGAUGCAUUAGUCCUCGAUGACCAUCUCGCUUCAUCAUCCCCAGCGCGACAACAAGCUCCCCGAAGAGUCUCACCACGAAGCAAAGCAUCCGCGGCUCGUCAACCUGUUACUCAGCCCCCUCGUCGUCGUCGGGAUACUCAUCGAGCUCUUGAAGCGGCCAUCGAAUCCAAGCAAGAACUCGCUCGGACGCGCUCCAAGAAGCGUCGCGUGCUUGAAGAUCAUUCUGAUUUGAGCUCGCCACCUACUAGUCCGACCAAUCGUAAAUCUACUCGGUCCACUAAACGUCUCAAAGCCUCUGCUUCUACCCCCUCGCCUCUCUCACCCCCUACCUCUUCUCCUACCCGUGCUCCCAAGGAUACUCCCAAUAAUCCUUUCCUUGUCAAAGAUGGCGAAAAACCUCGUCGCGCUGGCGCUAAACGCGUUGAUGAACAUCGUAAAUUGGUUUACGUCUUUCGAGGCAAACGGAUACCAUAUGACACGACAGAAGACUUAGAUGACGCAGGAGGAUCGCCGUUCGGAUCGUCAUGUCCGAAGCUAUUGUUCCCGUCGCCGCCGAGUCCCGCUGCUCCCCGCAAGUUGAAGUUCCAAGACGAGGAAGAGAUUAUGGGAGGAAGUAGCAGUGCGGGGCCGAUGAGUAGCCCUAGCCGAGCCAGCCAACGCGACCGAAGUCAGUUGGGCUUCCAAACACCCAAACGCGAUAAGGGCAAACAUCAUCCCGACGGCUCUCAUAUGCUUCCUACUCCUCAAAGUAGACCCAGACGCGCUGCCCCUCACCAUCCUCCUCAUCAAUCCAAGUCUAAUCCUUCCUCUCGUCCCGCCCUUAAUCGCCCUGUUAAGUCCGGUAAAACUAUGGCUAAGGCUAUGCGAUGA